GCAGGUCCGGGCUGGCCUCGGAGAGGCGCGCGGGGAAGGGAGCGCAGCGCAGCGCAGCGCCGCCGGCCGCAGCAGGAGCCCCGCAGCCGCUAGAGCUGCCGCCGUCGAAGAUGUCCAGUAAUGGGACAGAAGCAGAAGAUAAACCACCGGCUCCCCCGAUGAGGAACACGAGUACCAUGAUAGGCACCGGCUGCAAAGACGGGGGAACCCUGAACCACGGCUCCAAGCCCUUGCCUCCCAAUCCGGAAGAAAAGAAGAAGAGGGAUCGUUUUUACCGUUCCAUCUUGCCAGGAGACAAAACCAACAAAAAGAAGGAGAAAGAACGGCCAGAAAUCUCCCUGCCUUCGGACUUUGAACACACAAUUCAUGUUGGAUUUGAUGCUGUCACAGGCGAAUUCACAGGCAUGCCCGAGCAAUGGGCCCGUUUGCUGCAGACCUCCAAUAUCACCAAGUCGGAGCAAAAGAAGAACCCUCAAGCGGUACUUGAUGUGCUAGAGUUCUACAAUUCGAAAAAGACCUCCAACAGCCAGAAGUAUAUGAGCUUUACAGAUAAAUCUGCAGAAGAUUACAGCUCUUCAAAUACACUGGCUGUGAAGGCUGUAUCGGAAACGCCUGCAGUCCCCCCCGUUUCAGAAGAUGAAGAUGACGAGGAUGACGCUGCCCCUCCCCCAGUCAUCGCCCCUCGGCCUGAGCACACAAAAUCUAUAUAUACCCGCUCUGUGAUUGAGCCCCUUCCCCCAACCAAAGACGUCUCCACUUCCCCAAUUCCUUCCCCUUCUGAAAACAACACAACACCCCCCGACACGCUGACCAGGAAUGCUGACAAGCAGAAAAAGAAACCCAAAAUGACGGAUGAAGAAAUCUUGGAAAAACUCAGAGGUAUAGUGAGCGUUGGUGACCCCAAGAAGAAAUAUACAAGUUUUGAGAAGAUUGGACAAGGAGCUUCAGGCACAGUUUAUACAGCUAUGGACGUGGCUACAGGGCAGGAGGUUGCAAUCAAGCAGAUGAACUUGCAGCAGCAGCCCAAAAAAGAGUUGAUAAUUAAUGAAAUCCUCGUUAUGAGGGAAAACAAGAACCCUAACAUUGUCAACUAUCUGGAUAGUUACCUUGUGGGAGACGAAUUGUGGGUAGUCAUGGAAUAUUUGGCAGGCGGCUCUCUGACAGACGUGGUGACGGAGACCUGCAUGGAUGAAGGGCAGAUAGCAGCCGUGUGCCGAGAGUGUCUUCAGGCUUUGGAGUUCCUCCAUUCCAACCAAGUCAUCCACCGGGACAUCAAGAGCGACAACAUCCUGCUGGGGAUGGACGGCUCCGUCAAACUAACCGAUUUUGGUUUCUGCGCACAAAUCACUCCGGAGCAGAGCAAGCGCAGCACAAUGGUGGGGACGCCAUAUUGGAUGGCUCCCGAGGUGGUAACCAGGAAAGCGUAUGGACCAAAAGUGGACAUCUGGUCUCUGGGGAUAAUGGCUAUCGAAAUGAUAGAAGGGGAGCCGCCGUACCUCAACGAGAACCCCCUGAGGGCUUUAUAUCUCAUUGCUACCAAUGGCACCCCAGAGCUGCAGAAUCCAGAAAAGCUUUCACCCAUAUUUAGAGACUUCCUUAAUCGCUGCCUUGAGAUGGAUGUGGAGAAGCGGGGCUCUGCUAAUGAGCUCCUCCAGCACCAGUUCCUGAAAAUUGCCAAGCCGCUGUCCAGCCUCACGCCCCUGAUCGUCGCUGCUAAAGAGGCUGCAAAGAACAACCAUUGAAAUCACCAUGUAGCCACAGGGAUCGUGCCAAGCCAUUUAAAUACCCUUUUUAAGAAAGACAUCUGUUUCAAAGAGCUCGACUGUUGUGACUUCUACUGUACUGAAAGACUUCUAAUCCUGCAAGAACAGGAUGGUGCAAAUAAUUUGUAUUGCAUGUCAGAAAGUGCACAGGUGACUUAACUUUAAACCUGUGCCUUAAGAACAGGAAAGAGUCUAUUUGUACAUUUCUAAUGGGUCGUUACGGGAGUACAUAAUCCUAAACAACGUGACAACAAGCCACGUUUUUUCCCUUUUAUUGUAGGGAUUUAAGAAAGGGGAUUAAAAAAUUACAUAGAGCCUUUUAGACUGUUCGUUCCUGAAUUAAAUUAAAUCUUGCUUUGCCUGUACUUCCUGUACCUCCAUUCAGCAGCCUUGUUCUUAGACGACCGAGAGGCCCUGGUACAGUUUGGAUUACUUGAAAGUUAGAUCCGACAAGGAUGCACCAAGGCAGCUUUUAUAUGAUCCUAAGGAAAACAUGCAUCAACCAAGUUUUCCUCUGCACGCCCCUCAAAUAUUUGGACGAGUGUGUGCAUGCCCCAGAGAAGACACUGAAAUAGUUAGAAUGAGCCAUCCUCCAACUAACAGAGAAUUACAUCGAUCGCCGUGCUGUUUCGGGAGGGCUUUUUGUGAAGCGAAUUGCCCGCUUGAUUAAAUGCUUGUUGCUGUUUCGACCGCUCUACAGUCGUCUGUUCUUUCGGCGAAAGAAUCUCUAGCAAUAAUUCACAAGGAUGCUUAUCAGAGGGAAACUUUCUGGGUGCGAAAGGACAGUAGUCUAAGGGUUAACCCUCUAUCAGCUGUGUUUAAUAUCUAACUGUGGGUUUUUUUCUGGAGUAAUAACAUCUUUCUCAUUUGCAUCUGUUUCAUCUGUAUACUGUAAGUCAGGAAUGGCCAGCUGGUGGCUAUGAACUGGAUCUGGCCAUGCCAAAUUUUAAUAAAAAUGUGGU